AUGCAUACCAACCUCCUGCUGGCCGGUCUCGGCUUAGCCUCCCUCUCAUCUGCCGCUUGUCCCUUUGCAGAUCCUUCCAACAUCAAGAAACGGACCGAGGGUGGUGGCUCGCGUGACCAUCUCACCAACUAUGAGGUUGAUGACAGCGAAGGCUACAUGACUUCCGAUGUUGGUGGACCAAUUGAAGACCAGGUCAGCUUGAAGGCAGGCGUUCGUGGCUCGACAUUGCUCGAAGACUUCAUCUUCCGCCAGAAGAUCACACACUUUGACCACGAAAGAGUUCCAGAACGAGCCGUCCACGCCCGAGGCGCCGGUGCGUACGGUACUUUUACCAGCUAUGGAGACUACAGCAACCUCACCGCCGCGUCCUUCUUGAGUGAAGCGGGCAAGCAGACGCCGACGUUCGUGCGGUUUUCCACAGUUGCUGGUUCCAGAGGAAGUGCCGAUACGGCAAGAGAUGUUCACGGCUUUGCCACCCGAUUUUUUACGGAUGAGGGCAACUUUGAUAUCGUGGGCAACAACAUUCCAGUGUUUUUCAUUCAAGAUGCAAUUCAGUUUCCAGACCUCAUUCAUGCCGUGAAGCCGAGGCCGGAUAACGAAAUUCCUCAAGCUGCUACAGCUCACGACUCGGCAUGGGACUUCUUUAGCUCUCAAACCAGCACGUUGCAUACCCUUUUCUGGGCUAUGGCUGGAUACGGUAUUCCCAGAAGCUAUCGUCACAUGGAUGGCCAUGGCGUACACACCUUCCGCGUUGUAACAGAAGAUGGCAACUCGAAGCUUGUAAAGUGGCAUUGGAAGACUCUUCAAGGAAAGGCAAGCUUAGUUUGGGAGGAAGCUCAAGUUGUGUCAGGCAAGAAUGCCGACUACCACCGUCAGGAUCUGUGGGAUGCCAUCGAGUCUGGCAAUGGCCCCGAAUGGGAGUUGUGUGUUCAAGUGCUUGAAGAAGAGGACACCCUAAAGUAUGGUUUUGAUCUUCUAGACCCUACGAAGAUUGUUCCAGAGGAGAUCGCACCCCUUCAAAAGCUAGGCAAGAUGAAGCUCGAUGCCAACCCUGUGAAUUAUUUUGCAGAGACCGAACAGAUUAUGUUCCAACCGGGACACAUUGUCAGAGGCGUCGACUUUACCGACGACCCCCUAUUGCAAGGCCGCAUCUUUUCGUAUUUAGACACGCAGAUCAACCGCCACGGCGGUCCCAACUUUGAGCAGCUUCCCAUCAACCGCCCGGUGACUCCCAUUCACAACAACAACCGAGAUGGUGCUGCUCAAAAUUUCAUCCACCGCAACAAGUAUCCAUACACUCCCAACACCCUGAACAAGGGCUUCCCAGCACAAGCGAACCAGACCCAGGGUAAGGGGUUUUUCACCGCCCCCGGACGAUCCAGCAGAGGAAACCUGGUUCGCGAGGUAUCUGACACAUUCCUGGAUCACUGGUCUCAGCCACGCCUCUUUUACAACUCGUUGACGCCCACAGAACAGCAGUUUCUCAUCAACGCCAUCCGAUUUGAGACCAGCCACCUCCAGUCGGACGAGGUCAAGCAGAACGUGCUGACGCAGCUCAACAAGAUCCACAAUGACGUUGCGAACCGUGUCGCUGAUGCCUUGGGCUUAGAGCAUCUGGAACCUGAUUCUCAGUACUACCAUGACAACACCACCCGGGGUCUCUCGAUCCUCGGCGAGAAGCUCCCUACCAUUGCCACCUUGAAGGUUGGUGUGCUUACCAGCCUGUCGGUCGAUGGCACUGUGCGUCAGGGCAAGGAGCUAAAGGAUGCUUUUGCCGCUGAAGGCGUUCUUGUGACCGUUAUUGCCGAGAAACUCUCUGAGGGCGUUGACAUGACAUAUUCUCAAGCUGACGCCACCACUUUUGAUGGUGUCAUCGUCGCCAGUGGCGCCGAAAGCUUGUUUAAUGGAACCAACAAGUCGCCGCUGUACCCAGCUGGUCGGCCAGCACAGCUCGUCAUCGACUCCUACCGAUGGGGCAAGCCCGUAGGUGGUGUCAAUACGGCGCUCAACGAGUCCCCUGCCCUUGGCGUGGAACAGGGCGAUGGUGUAUACUCAUCCGAUGGGGUGAGCGGCAUUGUGGAGGACUUCAAGGAAGGUCUGGCAACGUUCAGAUUCACCGACCGUUUCGCAACGGAUUAG